AUGGGGAAUCAAAUGCAGAAGGGUAUCGCAGAUACGGGGGAAAAGUUGCAAACGAGUUACACGUUUGAGAUAAUUAACUUCUCCGAGAAGAAAGCUUUGAUUGUGUCUCCUAAGUUCUUAAGCGGUGGCUGCGGAUGGAAUAUUGUAAUUUGUCCCGAUGGAGAAGAUUCUGAUGAUUACUUGCAUCUGUACCUGAGAGUUCAUAAUCCUCAAUCAUUGCGAACAGGAUGGAAAAGGAAAGCUUAUUUUCGUUUCUCUCUGUUAAACAAAUCCGGAAAAGUUCUCUACAGUAGAACUGAAAUAUCAACCAUCUUAUUCUGCUCUGAGUUCCUAUCAUGGGGUCAUAAGACAUUGCCUCUAACUCUUAGCAAACUUAAAGAAGAAGGGUUUCUGGAGAAGAACAAACUGAUCGUUAAAGUCGAAGUAAAAGUAGUUGAAAUUGUUCAUGAAUCAAAGGUAACUGGGAAGGAGAUGUUGGAUUUCCAAGGUUUUAACGUUCUUUAUUCUCAGGUUCUUCCAGUGCUACAUAUCUUCAAUAAACACCCAGACAUUGAUGAGGAUUUCAAACCAAAGGACAAAGGAGUGAAGACAGCAUACAUGAAUCUUCUCCUCAGCCUCAUCGAGACACUGCGCAAGGCUCCACAGAGCUUUUCUGAGGCUGAGCUAAGCAACGCUCAGAGCGAGUUGAACGAGCUAACAGAAGCGGGAUUCAAGCUGGAUUGGUUAAAGAAAAAGCUUGAUGAGGUUUGCUUGGAGAGGAAGAAUGCAAUUGCUGACGGUUCUCUGGGGGUCGAACAAGUGGAGCAACGCAUCAAGAAUCUGGAGCAGACUUUGUCGGAUCUCAAAGUUGAACUGGAAAGUGAGAAGGCCAAAUCCGCUGCUGCUACUAAAGUUUUGUCGUUUGAAGACAUUCUUUGA